AUGAGCAUCUCAGACAAGCCUUUGGUGUCGGUAUCCACUACGCACGUGGGCUCACCAUCGAGCUUGACGCCGCGGUGGAGAUGGCCAGGCGGAGCACUGUCAGCUGCGGCAGCUUCCUCCUCAGCCAUCACACGAAACCGGUCAUCAUCUACACGGGAGACGUCGGAGACGCGCGCGCGCAUCACGCAGGCGUGCUUCGACGCCAAGACGGACGAACUGGUGGUGCGGCAGUCCGGGAUCCUCGACCUCGAGGGCAGGCGCCCCUACGCUUGA